UUAUGCGGGUUCCGAGAUGUUAUUACACCCAUAGUAAUAUGGAAAAGUUGGAAGCUGUGGUCAUAAUGGAAGAUUUGCGUGAGAAACACUUCCGCAUGUGGAAUAAAUAUGUCCCAGUGGAUUACGAGCACACUCGAAUGCUUCUAGAACAGCUGGGGAAAUUGCACGCGAUCUCCUUCGCUAUGCGAGAGCAGCAACCGGAGCGGUUUUUCGCAUUCAAAAGGUUAAUUGACCCAAUGAAAAUAAUGAUUGAAAUGGAUCCUGACAAAGGCAUCGAUAAGUUAUUUGGGGACGUGUAUCAGCGAGCGAUUGUGACUCUGGAUGACGCGAAGGAUGCUAAAGUGAAAGAACUAAUGAAAAAAUUGGAGGAUAAAGUAACUAAACACUAUGUAGAUUGUGUAACCGUAGAUGAUUCUGACCCAUAUGCAGUUAUCGGUCACGGAGAUUGCUGGAUCAACAAUAUGAUGUAUAUGUACGAAGAGGAAAGCCCAGUACCAGUCGACAUCCGGCUUAUCGAUUGGCAGCUGUGUCGCUACGUGUCUCCAAUUUUAGACCUCUCGUACUUUAUUUUUAUCUGCACUGAUGCUAAGCUACGCGCCCAGCACUACAAUCAAUUGCUGGACAUUUAUUACAGCUCAUUGUGCGAUUAUCUCGAACGAUUAGGUGGAGAUGCGAAGCGUCAAUUUCCCAGAGAGGCUUACGAAGCACAAUGGAAAAAGUACGGUCGUUUCGGGUUGAUAAUGGGAAUGCUUGUAGUGCCCAUGAUCUGUACGGCCGCUGAAGAUUUACCCGAUAUGGACAAGUGGAUUGAGAAGAUGAAACAAGGUGACGAAGACGUGGAGUUUGAGUACGCAACCGAAGAGAAAGCAGCGAAGCUCUAUCGGGCACGGAUGAGCGGCGUGAUUCGUGAUGUUGCCAGAUUCGGGUAUUUGACUGAUUAGAGUUCAUCGAUGUAAUGUAACAGUGGUUUCAAUUAUGUCAGCAGUAAUAAAUGCUUCUGUACACAAUA